AGACGAGGCAGGAGCCAGUGUGUGUUGUCCCGGGCCACGGACCAGAUCAAGCGAACCCUCGCUCGUAACACCUACACCGCGCUCCAUACUGCAGGUGUGUGACUCCCUGACAUACGCUGUUCACACGCUGCCACCACCUAUCGUCCCAUAUACAAGUGAGCGGUGGUGUGGUGGAGAGAGGUAAUAGUACAAUCUGUGUGAGGACUGUGGCACGUGUUGUGGUAAUGAGUGGUCACCAACAGAAGGUGAUGAGGUACGUGUGUGUGCUUGUGGUGGUGGGUGUGGUCUUAGCCUCUCCUGACCUGCUACAGGAGGAGGCCAGGGCUCUAGAUGAUAACAUAGAAAUGGUCACAUCGAGUCCACAAGACACCUUAGAAGUGUCCCAUGAUGAUGACGAUGAUGAUGAUGCCCCGAUGAAUGAGCUCACGACUAAAUGGGCGGGGGCGGCAUAUGACCUGCUACAGUCGCUGUCAUGCGAGGCGCCCUCCUGGACGACAGAGAAGGCGUGUCGUGCUGCCCAGCUGGUACCCCGCAGGUUGAUGCGGGUAUGGGCGACCCAAGGGGGGCAGCGGCAGUAUGUGGCGAGGCUCCCAGAUGGGUCCUUGUACAGGUCUGGCCGCCACCACGGGGUUCUGAUGCUCGACCCUUACCCCACCGCCUCCUGGGGACACCUGGUCCUUGUCAUCUUCGUCAACACCAACACCUCCCUCACACACUGCUCCAACACCAAGGGCUACUGGAUAGAGCCCGGGGACUGCUUAAUGGUAGCGGUGAAGGAGCGUUGCCGUAACCUGUUUGAGCGACGAGGCCGCCGCAAGAACUAUGCCCGGCGGUGUGAGAUCAAUCUGCCGCCCCUAGUGGUGCGGGAGGAGGAGGUGGGAACCCUGACCCACACCUCCCAUGGCCCCAGACUGAGUCAGCGUCCCCUGCAGCGCCUCAGGUGUAGAGACGAUGCCCACGGGUACGCCCUCUGUGUCCGCCUCAGGCCUCUCAACGAGACCAACCACCUCGUGUGUGAUCCACUAGGAGUCAACUCUAAGAGGUGUUCGUCUCGACAUGACACCGUACACACCAGGUGCCGACUGUUUGAGGUGUGUGACCAGGCGGUAGUGGUGUCGGGGGGCUGGAGCCGUGACCUGUCCCCAGAGCACACAAGCCAAACCCUCGACGCCGCCUACCACAUGCUCAGGCACAACGGCUUCCACAAGGGUAACAUCAAGAUCUUCUAUGCCAAUGGAGCCAAGAAGGAUGCCCGGCCAGUUCUGCAGCACGCCGUAUACCCGUCCUCCCUCAAGCUGGGGCUGCGCUAUCACCUCAGAGCCCUGUGUGCCACGCCUCUCUGUACCGACUCCCUUCUCCUCUACCUCGCUGGACCCUCUCUCAAUGAUGGCACCAUCCUCCUUUGGGACGAGGACCGCAAUGGCCUGGCGCGAGGCGGGGAAGUGUACAGCCCGCGGGAAUUACUGAGGGACGUGCAGGAGUGUGCGGCGCGGCAGGUCACUCUCCUGAUCGACACCUCCUACGCUGGGGAGAUCGUCAACGCCUUCGCCAAGUCCAAGAAACACAGAAAUGUCCAGGUAUUCGCGGUGGGUGGCAGCGACGAGUACUCCUGGGGCAGAGAUUUUUCCACCCACUGGACCCACUACGCCCACACUCACGCCUGCACCGCGCAAGUUCACCAGGCGUCGCUCAGUGCGGUGAGGCUGUCCACGCCCACCUCCUACGACGGCUCUGGCGGGGAACUAAGGCGGACCAUCUUUGGCGCUCCUUGUGACGUGACACCGCCCUACACCUGGCGGGAGCUUCAUCACCGCUACCUUGGCUGCCAGAACACCCCUACAGCUCUCUGGAUCCGCAGUGUUCCGGCACACUUCUCCCCGCCCGACCCUAAAGAUAUUAUCGACGAAUUAUUUCUGCCAGGAAUAGAAGCCGUCGAAUAAUUAAAAGGCGACAGUGCGUGACUACUCAUGGUAGACGAUGUUAUGUGCUAGAGGGGCGCAGAUUAUUUUCUAAAGUAAAAUGAUCGCCAGGAUCUACUGUAAUCUGACUGGCAUCAAAAACCAUCGAUUUAUCAAUCUUCAUUGCAAUCCAUAGUUGAAGUGUUCAUCCCCUGGAAGAGCGAUAUCUAACGCUAGCAACACAUAAUCAGACUAUUCCACGUACUGUACAGGUGCCCAAGAUGAAUGUAUCACGGCUCGAGUACCCGAUACCCGGGUCUUCAGCUUGGGGUACGAGAUGUGCCAGUGCAGGGCCGUUGUCAGGGCCGAAUGCAUGGGAGUGAAACGGUGAAAUUACCCUGUUUGUGAUAAGAUACAAACAAUAAAGGAGGUAACAAGAUAAACGAACCCUGUGAUACGUGUUAUGUAGCUUUGUUGUGUAGCCGGUAAACAAGGUAAUCCAUGGUUUCACGUCCAUGACUACGGUGCUGUGGUGCCACGUCUCGUACCCGAGCCUUCACACAUGCCCAGGCUGUGGUACGUUCAUGUGGCGGCAACUGUACGUGUGAAAUGUGAGGAUGUUAGUGUUGUGGUGAAGUGUUUCUGAAUCCACAGUGGUUUAGAGCCAUGUGAAUACAGGGGGAGGGACCUGUGCUGGAUAUUCAUAACUGGUGAGGAGCUAAAAAGGGUGAAAUGCUCCUAUGGGUUACCAAUAAUGGACACUUCUAUUUACGCUAUACAAAUGAACAGUGAUGUGGAGGGGGAGUUGUGAAGACCUUGUGACCCCGCUGUUAUGAAUUAAGCGGCUGUGCACAAACCGCAUACUCUUCACUAUGCUUUCCUUCAUUCAUACAGUACAGUAUCCAAUGUUUUCUUUUUCAGAUUCAUGCUGCUCAUGCUAUUUUUUAUAUUGUUGCAUUUCAACCAAUAUGCAGCCGAAGGACACCCCAUAUCUCGCUUAUUAUUUAAUUGCGACAGGUAAAGGUAGGGUUCAGAAGAAAGUUCUCGACGUGGUCUAUUCAUUCUUUAAGUCAAAAACCUUCGGCUGUAUAUUGGUUUAAAAUGCAAAAAUUUUCGUCUUCAGUAUCAUGCAAAUAGUAUCUCCAGAAAUAUUGGUUCAAUUCCAUAAUUUAUUUCUGGAGGUUAAGUUAGGUUAGGUGAGGUUUGGUUGGGUUUUGAGUCGAGCAAUGUGUUUUUCCGGUGGUUUUUGAUGGGUCUUAUGGGGUGGGGCUCUCUUAAAAACGAAUGAUUUCAGACAUAAAAUCAAUAGCAAAAUCAAACAAAACAAAACAAAAUCUGCAAAACACUGCUCACCUCGAGAACCUUACUGGUUGAAAAUACAAAUUUACUCUAUUUUUGUUCAUACAUAAACUUGGCAUUAUGGUCACCUCACACCUCUUUUUUUGUCUUUACAUAUUUCCAGAACACUGAAAACUUUUGUUAUUGCGAUAGAAAAACAACUCUUCGUCUGGCCAUGUACAGUCGGGAACAGAAGUCCUGUCGCCCCUUGUGCUGUUCUGCGAACCAAGAGAUUCAGACUCAUGAACCCGAAGCAGUAGA